GCGAAACCGGGAGGUUACCGAUCGCAUGUCGUUUGUCACAACUAACGUGAUCAGUUGUUUACUUUCGAAAGCAUGUUUAGUAUACAGCAACGGAACUGUCGAAGUAGUUUGUUUCCUAGUCGGGAGUUACAGAUUUCGGGAACUGCUUAGUGCCAGUGCAUGGUGCCUCCAGAGGGUCAGAUGUGCAGUGUAAGAAUUGCCGAUGAGUGGGCCUGAGUGCUACCGCUGGAAUCGUGUGUCCGUCGAGGAUGGCCUCAAUGGCGCCAUCGGACUCAACGACGGAGUCUACACAGAGGCACGAGUCAGAUAUUUACACCAGAACAGGAUGGGUAGACGCAGAUAUCGCCUUAGGACAAUUGGAUCAGGGAAAAGCACAAGGCGAUCGAGGAAUUCUGUGGGUACGAGGUCGAAUUCAGCAACAGCUUCAUGUCCUAGGGAAGAUCCUAGACACACAUGCUGGGAAAGUCCUCUUCGUGAGCAUUCUAGCCAUCUCGACCUUCUUGGUAGGUCUGAAGAGCAUGACCUUCCAUUCAGACAUCGAGCUGUUAUGGUCAGAGCCCUCAACCACCCCCGACACUUUACCUCCAGAGAUGCUAUCCACUCAUCAGAUGGUUCUUCAGACAGGAUUAGAUCCGGACGUGGACCUCUUGAAUCCCCACGGCCUCCUUGAACAUUUAGCCUUAGUACAGAAAGCUACACAAGUUACUGUUACAAUGUACGAUAUUACCUGGCGACUGAAAGACUUCUGCCAAUCACCUAGUAUUCCUAACUUUGAUCUCCAGUACGUCGAGCAAAUUUUCGAAAAUAUGAUGCCUUGUUCCAUUGUUACGCCGCUAGAUUGCUUUUGGGAAGGGUCCAAACUACUUGGACCUGAGUACCCAGUUCACAUACCGUAUGGAAUAGGUAACCAAGUAAAAUGGACCAACUUAAAUCCUAGCGAGCUAAUUUCGCAAAUAAAGUUAAAAGAGUCCCAAUUCGAUUACCACUCUUUAGAAGAUUAUUUGAAGCGUGCUGGAAUCACGACGGGAUACCAGGAAAAACCUUGCCUUAACCCCAAAGAUCCCGAAUGCCCUGAUACUGCCCCUAAUAAGAACCACACUCACCCACCAGAUAUUGGAGCUGAGCUUACCAGUGGCUGCUAUGGUUUUGCGGCCAAAUACAUGCAUUGGCCAGAGGAUCUCAUAGUAGGAGGGAUUCAGAAAAAUAAAACUGGUCACAUAAAGAAAGCCAAAGCUUUGCAAACUGUCGUUCAACUAAUGGGAGACCACGAGCUGUAUGAGUUUUGGUCAGAUAAUUAUAAGGUACAUCAUAUAAGUUGGAGUAAAGAAAAAGCUACUACAGUUUUAAAUGCAUGGCAAAAAAAGUUUGCGGACGAAAUUGAUCGGUUGACGAAGAAUAACCCGGCUUCUUCAUACAUUUUCUUCACUUUCUCAACAGCAAAUGUUAACAAGUUAUUGAAGGAAUAUUCUCGCACCGAUUUGCUUAAGUUGGGGAUUGUUUUGGCAGUGGCUUGUAUAUAUGGUUGGGUAGCUCACUCACCAAUUGCCUCCAUAGGUGUUCUAGUCUUAGCAAGCUCUACAGCAGCUGCACUUGGCGUUUGCAGCCUCAUAGGGCUUCCUAUGAACCUUUUAAGUACUCAAGUGUUACCCUUUAUAACAGUAGGACUGGCUAUGCGUGAAAUGUUCCUUAUUUUAUCGACUCACACUCGAAAACUGUUACCCGCGGAAGUGUUAAAACGGACAGGACCUAAUAUUAUAUCCGCAGCUCUUAUAAACUCUGGCGCUUUUGUAGCUGCUGCAAUUUUACCCAUACCCGCCUUGAGAGUGUUUUGUUUACAGUGCGCUAUUAUGAUCGUGUUCCAUGGAACCGCUCUUCUCCUCAUUUUUCCUGCAUUUUUGGCUCUGCAGCAGAGAUGCAAGAAAUCCGAUGUUCCUUGCUUCAAAUCAGACACCAAAGUCAAAAUGGUCAACAAUAACAACAAUCCCGAUGUGGAACAUGGGAGUAACUUGUUGACUGCAGAACAAGUAUGCCAACACAAAAAAGGACUGAUAUCUUGGUGUGUAACAAGAUACUUGACUACAGUGUUAUUCAGAUCAUUCAUGAAGGUCUUAAUGAGUGUUGCAUAUGCGGUGUUAAUAGUUUUUUGUGUAUUUAAUGGAUUAAAAUUAGAAUUUGAUGUAAGACUGUCUACAUUUUUGCCAAAAGUGACUCAGGAGUAUAAAUACUUGGAGGCACAGAAUACUUAUUUCGGGUUUUACAAUUUUUAUUUGGUUACCACAGAACUGGAAUAUCCGUUGAAUCAACCGAUUUUGUAUGAAUAUCAUUCCUCUUUGACUCAAGUUCCUUAUGUUUUAAAAGAUUCAAAUGGUGGUCUCAAUAUGAACGACUUCUGGCUGGCAAAUUUUAGAGACUUUCUGGUUGAUUUGCAACAAGAAUUCGACUACAAUAGAAACAAUAGUUGUUUAAAUAGCGAGAAGUGGUUCCCUAAUGCCACUGAAAAAGCAGUAUUAGCCUUCAAACUACUCUCACAGACUGGAGUUGUACAAUAUCCGGUAGACAAGAGUCAAAUAUUUAAGAAAAGACUGGUUCGUAAUAAUAUUAUAGAUCCUAAAGCUUUUUACAAUUAUUUAUCAGUAUGGAAUAGUAAUGAUCAAAUUUCCUAUUCAAGCUCACAGGCUAACUUGACGCCUAAACCAUUUCAGUACUAUAGUUCAAAAGCUGAAUAUGAUUUAAAAAUUCCUAAAUCACAACCACUUGUAUAUACCCAAAUGCCGUUUUACCUCAAAAAUUUGAGAAGUACUUCAAAUGUUAUCAGUGCUCUCAAACAAAUCAAGGAUAUAUCCGAGCAAUUUAACAAUAGAGGCUUGAAAAAUUAUCCUAUAGGUCUUAUAUUUGCUUAUUAUAACCAGUUCCUUCUUAUUGAUAGACUACUAGCUGCUCAAUUUGCGUUAACUAUUAUUUCUGCUGCAAUAGUAGCAUUUGUUCUUGUCCAGUGGAUAAAACUUUGGUGCGCUCUAUUCAGUACCUUGGUCUGUCUAUUGUUGCUUUGUCUGAUGAAUGUUAAUGCCCUAAGUGGUACUCUGGGAGCUCUUCACUUUAUAAUAAUAAGUAGAAAUAUAUUUUUGAUUUUAACGGGGUACCUAAGUGCUAUCGGUAGCAGAGAGCGUAGAGUAAGACUAUCCUUAGAAGUAAAUGCAGAGCCAAUCCUAAAAGGGGAUAUUGGACUUUUGAUAUGUGCAUCAGUAUUAGCAACUUCUCAGUUUGAAUUUAUCCAUUACCACAUAUUUAUGUUGAUAUUACUCUCAGUUUGUGGAUCUUUGGCCAAUUCGUUCAUAUUCUUUCCUCUGUUUCUUGCUUUACUUGGUCCAAGAGCUGAAUUACAACCUCUAGAACAUACAGAUCGUAUCUCCACUCCUCCACCCUCUAUUCCUUCUCCUCUUCCUACAAGAAAUUCGUCAUUUUCGAAGCCAUCCAAGCGCAGCAGUUCAAAUAAGACUACAAGAGAACCAAGUCUCACCACGAUAACUGAGGAAAGUUGUAACCAGAGCAUUGUAGUGGAACCACAAGUUACUGUUGAGUACAGCAGUCCUGAAUCAAGUUCAAGUGGUCCUUUUACUACAAAAGUCACUGCCACUGCUAAUAUAAAAGUAGAAUUAGUUGCCCCUGUAUAUAGGUCCAGUAAGUGCAACAAUAAGUGUCACCGAUCGUUUAAGUGUGACAGGCGGAAAAGACAAGAUUCGGAUAAACAGAAACAGCAGUGCCGGUGCUGUAAAGACUCAAAUAGUAGUGAUAGUAAUACCGAGACUGAUCAGUGUCCUAGUAGCUAGCAUUUCGUUACCAUUUAAGCAAUCAGUGUAAAAAUGUUUAUAUUGAAUAUAUGUAUACCACAUUUAUUUAUUUAAAGAUGAACCAUGUAUAAUAGUGAAAUAAUUUUAAUUAAUAUAUUUGUGGGUGAGUGUGGAGACAUGCACAAAGUAAUGAACGGAUAAUUUAUUAAUGUUUCAUCCUCUUUUAUAGUAUUGUAGUAAAAGACUUUUCUUUGCUAAUUAAAAAUACAAGAAAGUUAUAAAAUUUUGGGCAAGCAUAAUCAUUAAUAGAAUAUCUUCUCAUCUCCAAAGUGCUUACCUAAACUGUUUCACUUUUGUAAAUUAUAUAGUCCAUUUACCUGAUCCUUGGAAUAUACUCGACAAAUAUUAUUAGAUGUAAAAUAGGUAUAUCAGGCAGGUUCAAACCCAUUACCAUUCUAAUGAAGAGAUAAUCACCAUUUAGUGAUUUUUUCAAUACAAGUUUGUAACCAAAAAGUAAAUUAAGACUAAUAAAAAUAUCUUUGUGCCAACUGUUAUAUGUGUUAAGAAGGUAUUGCACUCAGGAAGUGCGAACAGAAAUAAAUACUUCUUAAAUUGCGUUGAAAUUAUAAGUAUUCAUUUGAUUUGUUCAAUAUAUUCGUUAUAUCCUCCCAUUUCAGUUGCUAUCUCGCCUAUGAGGAUUCGAUCAGUUGUUUAUUUUAUACCCAGUCAGAGGUCUUCUUUAAGUAAAUAAAGCAAACUUUGUCUUCUAGUGAAUCUAUUUUGAUCCAUAGUGCCCUAUGUAUCUCCUAUGUAACCAUACGUUCAUUAAUAACGAAUAUGUUGUGUAGUGCCCUUUUGGUAGUCGCCUUGUUCUAUAUAUAUAUGUUAAAAAGUGUAGGUGAGAGACCACAUCCCUGUUUGUGGCCUUUUGUUGCGGUGAUUGUUUUUGUUAUUUCAUUACCGAGCUUUAUUUGCACUUGUGUUUAUUUAUAGUCUUUGUCUCACAGUCUUUGUGUUAUAUUCACCCAUUUCUCUCUAACGCGCAUUCUUCUCAUUGCUUCCCAUAGUUGUUUCCUGGGCACGCUAUCGUAUGCUUUCUCUAAGUUGGUAAAGGUCAUAUGUGUUUCAAUGUUUUUUCUUUGUUCUUUUCAAUCACCUGUCUCAUAAUGAAUAUAUUAUCUAAACAUGAUCUGGCUGGAAGGCAUUACACUGAUCCCUCUGUAGUUAUUUGGUGACCUUUUGUCACCUUUUUUGAAAAUGGAGGACAUGUAUGAUAAAUUCCACUCAUCGGGAAUCUUCUCUCCUGCUUCGAUUUUAUUUCUCCAAAUAUGUAUUCGGCACUUCGUUUGCCGCUUUCUUUAUUUUUGCCUUUAGGUGUUGAUACAUUUCUGUUGGGGUCCAUUCUUCGUUCAUUUGUAGCAUAUUUUGUAGCCUAUUCUGAUAUAGUAUUCGAGUACUAAAUUGUUGUAGAAGUUCUACUUUAUACCUCGUAGGUAUUUGCGAUUUUUUGCAUCUCCUCAUCUUUCUGGAUAUUGUCUUUUUGUCGUCUUCCCGUGUAUAUGAAUUUACCUAGCACUAAUCGGUGGUUACUUGCACAUUCUGCUUGCCUGUAUACUCUUACAUCUUGUAUUAUUGUUUUGCUGGCUUUUCUUACUAUUAUUAAAUCAAUAAUUGAUCUUUGGUUUCUACUAGGUUCUUCCCAUGUGUAUCUACGUAUGUUUUUAUGCUGGAAUCUUGUGUUGGUUAUGGC